AUGGCUCUUUCAAUUUCUCAGGUCUCAUUCGAGCACCAUCGGACCGCCUUAGGUAUCGGGGAGACUUCUCCCCGGAUCUCCUGGCGGUUUGAUGGGCAAGUGUCAGAUUGGUACCAAGGAUCCUAUGAUCUUGAAGUUCAGAAACCAGGAAAAGAUGCAGAGACAUUCCAUGUGGAUUCCGCGGAGUCUGUUCUUGUUCCAUGGCCCAGUGAUCCCUUAGAGUCUGGAGAGCAGGCCACCGUUCGCGUCAAAUCGUCCGGAAGCGCAGGCAAACCUGGCACAUCUUGGUCCGACCCUGUAUCCGUUGAAGCAGGGCUUCUUAGUCCCGACGACUGGCAAGGAGCGGUUGUUUUGGCCUCUGAUCGACCUACCGAGGUUAACGCAACACAUCGACCAAUCCACUUUCGGAAAGACUUCGCCUUGGACAAUGAUAUUGUUUCAGCGAGAUUAUACAUCACCGCGUUGGGGCUGUAUGAGGCUCGCUUGAACGGUCAGCGCGUUGGUGAUCAUGUUCUCGCUCCAGGCUGGCAGUCGUACACGCAUCGCCAUGAGUACAAUACCUAUGAUGUCACUGAUAUUAUCAAGAACGGCGACAAUACCAUCGGCGUCACUGUUGGUGAGGGCUGGUACUCAGGACGUCUGACGUGGGACAGCCUUCGAAACAUCUAUGGCGAUUCGCUCGGCGCACUUUGUCUGCUUGCAGUCACCAAUUCGAACGGUACAAAGACCUACAUCCCUAGUGACACGACAUGGAAGUCUAGCACGGGCCCCAUUGUCUCUUCCGAAAUUUAUGACGGGGAAACGUAUGAUUCCAGGCUGGAGCAAAAGGGAUGGGAUUCUCCAGGCUUUGAUCAGUCGAGUUGGCUGGGUGUCCGGGAGCUCAACUUUUCCAAAGACGUCCUCGCUGCUCCAGAUGCACCACCAGUGAGGCGUAUUGAGGAGCAUCAACUUGCAGAUGUGUUUUCCAGUGCUUCUGGAAAGACGGUGUUGGACUUUGGGCAGAACCUGGUGGGCUGGCUGCGCAUCCGCGUAAAGGGGCCGAAAGGGCAGAACAUCAGUUUUGUUCACACCGAAGUGAUGGAAGAUGGAGAGGUCGCGACACGUCCCCUCCGCACUGCCAAAGCAACAGAUCAUUUCACUCUUUCAGGCGGAGAUGAUGAGUGGGAGCCAUCAUUCACGUUCCACGGCUUCCGAUAUGUUCAGGUUGAAGGCUGGCCAGAUGAGACCAAGCUUGACAAAGAUUCGGUGAGUGCAAUCGUCGUUCAUACGGAUAUGGAGCAGACUGCAUUCUUUGAUUGUUCUGACUCGCUCCUAAACCGCCUUCACAAAAAUAUUCUCUGGAGUAUGCGUGGCAACUUCUUGAGUAUCCCUACCGACUGUCCUCAGCGUGAUGAACGGUUGGGCUGGACAGGUGAUAUCCAUGCAUUCAGCAGAACAGCAAAUUUCAUCUACGACACGGCUGGCUUCCUUCGCGGGUGGUUACGGGAUGCGCGUUCAGAGCAAAAAGAGAACAAAUAUGCUCCGCCAGUCGUCAUCCCAAAUGUGCUAGGCGCUUCGCCGGCGUCAUCCAUUUGGGGCGAUUCAAUUGUGGGCGUGCCUUGGCAACUUUUCCAAUCUUUUGGUGACAAAGACAUGCUGCAGGAGCAGUACAUGGGGGCCAAAGAUUGGAUUGAUAAGGGAGUCAUCAGGAAUGAAGUCGGACUGUGGAAUCGUUCGACCUUCCAAUACGGCGACUGGCUGGACCCUUUGGCACCCCCGGAGGACGCAGGCGAUGCGACAACCAACAAGUAUCUUGUUUCCGAUGCGUAUCUGAUCCACAGCACCGAGCUUGUGGCUAACAUGUCCACCCAUCUCUCGCUUACCAAAGACGCGGAGAAAUAUACCGAAUCUCGCACCAAACUCACCAAAGCCUUCCAGGAUGCCUGGGUUUCCCAGAAUGGCACCGUGGCAAAUGAGACGCAGACAGGACUCACGUUACCCCUAUAUUUCCGAUUGUUCUCCGAUCCAGGACAAUAUACCUCUGCCACGAAUCGGCUCGUCGACCUUGUGAAGACAAACGGAUACAAGGUCGGAACAGGCUUUGCCGGGACUCAUAUCCUCGGCCAUACAUUGACUCAAUACGGCGCGGCAGAUGCUUUCUAUGGCAUGUUGAUGCAAGAGGAAGAUCCGGGCUGGCUUUUCCAGGUUGUGAUGAAUGGAACCACUACCUGGGAGCGUUGGGACAGCAUGCUGGCAAAUGGCAGUGUCAACCCGGGUUCCAUGACCUCUUUCAACCACUACGCAGUCGGAUCGGUGGGAAGCUGGAUCCAUGAAAACAUUGGUGGAUUGACCCCUUCGGAGCCUGGUUGGAAGAAGUUCAAUGUCGAAGUACGUCCUGGGGGCGGUUUGAGUGAGGCCACAACCAAGUUCACAAGUCCAUAUGGCCUUAUUUCGACGCAUUGGACAUUGGGCGGGAGCCAAAGCCAGAAUGAUUGUCCGAAGAAGGAAAGUGCCUUCCGUUUGACUGUUCAGGUGCCCCCCAAUAGCCAGGCGACGGUUAUUCUGCCGUCUUCUGGCUCUGAGAAGAAACGCAUCGUGGUGGGAUCCGGAGUGCACGAGUAUAGUAGCUGUGUGGCCUAG